AGGAGAACACCGCGUACCACAAAUACUUGAAUAUGUGUUGAUGAAACAGAUCUCUGGAAUAGAUGGACAGAAAUCUUUUACGCCGAUCAUCCGCUUACAAUUUGUCAAAAUCAGUCAAUGAAGAGGGAAACAGCGAACUUUCAAAUAAAAUCUCCGAAAGUUUUUUGAAAAAACAGAUAAAUUCACCUGAUAAGCGUUACAUAAGAAAUUCAGCUAUGCGUAACACAAAUGGAGUUUUUGCUAAAAGUACAAAUCGUCAGAUAUCCAAGUGUAACGAUGAUUGUUUGGAUGAGAUUCUUAUCCUCAGAGAAAAAGUAGCCUUACUUACUAAACAAAAUAAAGAUCUAAACGCACAAUGCCGCAUUUUAAAAGAAAAUCUGGUUAAAACAGAGAAUGAACUUACAAUGCUGGUCAAUCCUAUUGAAAGCUCAAAAAUAAACCAGAAUGCAGGCUGCUACAAACAGAAAUCACUUAAAAAUAUUCGUUUGCUUCAUCAAAAGUUUUUCAAACUGCAGACCCAACUUCAAGAUAAAGAUUCUCAGUACAACCGCUUAAUAACAGACAUGAAAUUUACUCGGGUUGAAGAGUUGCGAGUACAGUUGGAGACUGCAUUUGCAGAAAUUAAGCGACUAAAAGAACAAAAUCAUAUAUUAUCCGAUCAGUGUUCAGAGAAAAAAAGACAAUCGAUUAUUAAACCGAAAAGGAGUUUUUCCAGUGAAAACAAUCAAUCUAAUUUUCAAAUUAAAACACUGGGCAGAGUGAUUAAAGAUUUAGAUCAGCAGAAACAGGAGUUGAUAGCAAAGAACCAUUGUUUAGUAAACAAAAUUCAAAAGCUUUACAAGCAUUUGUCAUCGAACGAUGUAAAAGAGGAUAUCACUCCUUAUCGUGCUUGUCAGGAUGAUGAGUGUAAUGUGCAGACUGGAAAGUUUAGAACGUCCUCAGAGGAUCUUUUGGUGGCCACAAUUGUUGGAAGUACUGUAUCCCACAAUGUUACUAAUCAAGCUCCAAAAGUAUCAACAAUUGUUCAAAGAGAUGAGAACAUGGUAAGUGAAUUAGGGUCGGCUAAGGCACAAAUUGCUAAUUUACAACAUUUAAACAAAACAUUAUCAGAAUCAUGUGAAAAAAUGAAGAAAGAUUAUGAAAUAAUGGAAAAGAAAAUAAUAGAACAGGAAGCUGAAAUUCAAAAAUAUCAAAGAAAAGCCGUGCGGGAAAAUGAGUGUCAAACAGAAAUAAAAAUAAGGAAUGAGAACACAAAUGAUGAAAAGUUAGAAAAUAGUGGAGUGGUUGCUAAAAUGAAAAUCUCAGAAAAGGAUAUUGUAAAACAAGUAAAGAACGUUUUAUCUACGAAAGACCAUUAUGAAGAUGAUGAGAAUGCUUUUAAUCACAGAAAUGAAGAGAACCAGUCUGAAAUGAAACGCAUUCAAGAACGAUAUAGGUUCAAUGGUCAAAGCAACUUUGAUAAUCCACUUCUUACAAAACAACAGACCAAUGAUAUUGAGAAUAGAGUUCGAUUGCAAGAGCAUCAAAAGGCAAAUGAUGAUGUAAUAGACUUUUUAUGAUUUUACCUGAAUUCUCAUUAUCCUCUCAGGACUUUCGUCCAUUUUUAUUUGCUCUGUGAUAAUGAAGUUCCUUUUUUAAAAAAAAACAAAACAAAACUUGCUCAAAAAUCUUAUUAGUAAUCUUGUAAAGAGUUCAAUAACAU